CAAAGGCGUUGUCAAAAGCAGAGAAAAACUACAGCACUACCAGAAAAGAUUACUCGCCUUAAUUUGGGGACUGGAAAAUUUCGCACCCUACCUUGUCGGCAAACAGUUCAUUGCGAGGACGGACCACAGCGCAUUAAGAUGGAUCAAGAAUUUGAAACAGCCCAAAGGGCAGGUCGCUCUGUGGAUCAAAAGACUGUCGAUCUUUGAUUUUGUAGUUGAACAUCGGCCGGGACGCAACCAUGGAAAUGCGGAUGGCAUGUCGCGUAUACCGUUGAAAGAUACCAGAGUUGUAGAAAAUAACGUGUGUAAGACGGAAACUGCCCAAGUGUUCAACAUUCCUACAGAGAACAGGUCAACUACUUGGUGUCCAGGGUCCAGGACGGCAGUAGGCCACCUAGAGAGCUGGAGAUAG